UAUAUACUAGUAUGUCCCUCCCCCACCCCUGGACGUAUACGCUAUGUAGGCGCCUCUUUAGGAUAAAAUCCUAGUUGAGGAACAUCGGCGUGUCCUCUUCAUCUCUUGUCUGUCCGCCUGUUGAUUAUUAUCGUUGUGCCAGAGUUGUGUGCCAAAGUAAGCGACUCUGUAUAUUGUACUAAAUAAUAAGGAUCCAGAACAACUCGACACCAUGGAUCUACACUUCAUCCUCACCCUGUUGCUCCUGCUACGUUCCAGUCUUGCCUACGAAGACUCUUUAUCGGACUUAUCCGACCUCUACGGUAGCCUCAAUCCAGACGACGACCUCCAAGACCUCGAAUCCCUGUUCGAGCGACAAACUCGUACCACCAACGCGGAUAAAUUCUUAAGAUUUGGCAGGGCAUUUUGGGAUUACGACUACGGAAGCGAUUCCCCGAUUGUCCCUAAUGCGGAAGACAAAGACGCCAUCCGAAGAUCCUCCUCGAGAACUGGAAGCAUGACUAACACCUUGCAACAACGCAUCCCGAGGGACAAAUCGAGUUUCAUGCGGUUCGGCAGGAGUUUCUCUGAGGAGGGAAACAAGAAGAAACGCGACAAACGAGAGUCCCAGGUCCCGGACACCUUUAAGCGUCAGGAGAACUUUCUGCGGUUCGGCAGGGGUGGAAGCAGCAACGGCGGAAACUUCAUGCGAUUCGGAAGAAACUACAAUCUGAGCAUGCGUAACAAACAGCACAUCGUGGAGUAUUUGAGGAGUUUAUUGAGGGAGGAUCCGGCGAUCCGACACGGGAGCGAUAACAACAUGUAAAACGGCCCUCAUAUGGUUAAUUAUAGUAAUAAUGAUGUUUUAUUAUUAUAAGUUAAAGCACUGAUGAUGUUUGUUCAUUUUUUUUUUGUGGCUGGAACUGUUGUCCCUGUCUUUUGACUCAUAAACGAUUCUUAUGGUAGUAGUAGACUCCUUGAGAGACAAACAAAAUGACAGCUGUCAUCUAUCAAACACGUUAAAUGGCACCAAACUGUCAUCUGUCAAAGAUUUCUUCUUCUUCUUCUUCCUUGUUGUCCUCUGUGACCACUUAAAAGAAGCUAGGAAAUUGUAUCAAUACUGUAUAAGUACAGUAAUUUACGCAGAGGAAUUUUAUUUGACAUCUGUUAAGGCCUUCUAUGUCAAGUAUUAAAUGUCAUCUGUCAAAAACGUCAAAUACCUUAACUGUCACUCAGAGAGAGGAAAGAAAAAUAUUGGAAUUGCUCAAAAUAACUCUGGAAGCUUAUGGCAUAGAAGAGGAAUUUUCACUGUCAUCCUCAUAAUUUAUCAUUAUUCCUUUUCCUAUCCUGUGAAAAAAAAGAAGAAAAGAUUCAGUCAGCUGUCAAAAACUUCUGGUUCUUCUUCUUGUCCUCUGAGACUCCUAAGGUUCAGACUCCUUAAUUGGGUAUACUAAAGUAUAGUUUAAUGUCAAAGUAUAUAUGCCUUGAGAAUUUUUUAAAUUUACUUUCCAACUGCCUGGAAGGAGAUUUUCUAAUUCUCUGUCAAUGGCCAGGAAGAACUUAGCGAAGUUACAAUAUCCUAGUUCCCUAUAAUUCAUAAUUUAUGCAUAGGAAUCUCAUUUGACAACUAUCAGGUUUUAAAAGUCAUCUGUCAAAGACGUCAAAUGUCUAAUUGUCACUUAUAGAGAGGAAAGAAGGAUCUUGGAAAUGGGCAGAAUAGCCUGGGAAGCAUAUGAAAAGGAAAAAGAAUACUUAACUGUCAUCUUGAUAAUUUCUUAUUUUUCUUCUUCUUUGUUACCUUGAAGAAGAAGAAGAGUUUCUCAGCUGUCAAAUAUCUCUUCUUCUUCUUAUCUUCUGAUAAGAAGUUAAGCAAUGGUCUGAGCCUCUUGCUUUCGUAUACACUCAAGUGACAGUUUUAUGCCAAAGUAUUAAUACUACAUAGGAUACUUAAUUAGGAUUAAUACUACAUCUUUGUUCAUACUUUGUCAAGUGUAAAAUAUCAUCUGUCAAAGAUGUCAAAUGUCUUAACUGUCACUCUUAGAGACAAAAAUAGAAUCUUGGAUAUAGGCAGAAUAGCCUUGGAAGGAUAUAGCAUUUAUCUGAAAGUUAUAUUAUCAUCUGUUAGUUUGAAGAAGAAGGAAAAAAGACAGACUGUCAACUGUCAAAGACUUCUUCUUCUUCUUCUUCUUCGUUUUGUCUUUCAAGAUUCCUUAGACUAUAAUAAUGGUUUGAACUACUUGUAUGUACUAGAGUUAUACGAACAAUAUUUUUUGUAAUACAUACGUUUACUAAUUUAUUACUUGGUAAACGUUAAAUGUCAUACCUAUUAUGUAUUGCACGAAAUCCAGUGACAGCUGUCAUUUUAUUAAAUGUAUAAUGUAAUACUUGUCUUUAGGCACUUCUUUUUCUUCUUCUCAGUACUAUAGUCUAAGCUUCCAGGGGUUGUUUUAUGUCACAAAUGUCAUCUGUCAAAGGCUUCUUCUUCUUCUUUUUCUCCAUGACCUCCUUUAAAGACUAUUUAAAUUUACAGGGGUAUGCAACUAAUUUCUGUACCAUUUGUACGUACUGUAUAAUUACAAGUAACAUGACAAAUAUUUAAUGUGUAAUACAACCGUUUAUUAAUUUAAUACUUGUAAAAAGUUAAAUUUCAUACCUGUCAUUUGUCAUCCAUUGUAAAAAAUUCAAUGGCAACUGUCACUUGUUAUAUUUGGUACGUAACACUUGCUAUUUACCUCAGUUAACUCUUACAUCUGUCAUCUGUCAUAUAAAGGGAAUGCUCUUCUUCUUAUUCGUACUUCUUAUAAGUUCUAAACUUCAAACAGUAGUUUUAUCAGCUAAAUGUCAUUUGUCAAAGAUUUCUUCUUCUUCUUCUUUUUUCCUCCAAGACUCCCUUUAAAUACGGUUUAAACUACCACUGCUAUGUAAUUGAUUUCUGUGCAACUUUUAUGUACUGAAGUGCGAGUUAGAUGACAAAUAUUUAAUUGUUUGGAAUUAAAUACUUAAUGCAGUUAAAUGUAAAACUUGUCAUCUGUCAUCCGUUGCGCGGAAUCCGAUGAGAGCUGUCACUUGUUGGAAGAGUAAAAUUUGUCCUCUGUUAUAGAAAUUAAACGUCAUACCAGUCAUCUGUCACUUAUAGAGAAAGCUCUUCCUCUUCUUCGUAUGUUUCAGGACUAUUAUAAUCUAGGUUUCCAGGAGUUGUUUUAAUGUGACAAAUGUCAUCUGUCAAAGACUUCUUCUUCUUUUUUCCUCCAACACCUCCUUGAAAGACGAUUUAAACUACCAGGGCUAUGCAACUAAUUUCUGUAUUACAUAUAUGUAUUGGAGUGCGAGUUAUAUGACAAAUAUUUAAUUUGUAAUACGUACGUUUAGAAAUUUAAUACUUGGCAAGCGUUUAAUGUCGUACUUGUCAUCUGUCACUCAUUGCGAAGAGUCUAAUGACAGCUGUCAAAUUUUAUAUGACCACUUGUAAAAGGUCAACUUUUAAAUUUGUCAUCUGUCACUUGUAGGGAAGGCAUUUUUUCUUCUUCUUCUUCUUCGUUUUAAGCAUAUUAUGCUGUAAGCUUCCAUGAAUCUGAGUAUUUUAUAUUGAAUAUAUUGAAUACGUUUAGUAAUUUAAUACUUGCCAUACAUCACAGGCGUAAGGCAUUGCGAGGUCAUAAGCCUGAAACGUCCACUUUAACAACAUUUCAGAAUUUUAUUUGACGGGUGUCACUUGUUUGGAAGAGUCAAAUUUGUCUUCUGUUACAAAAACUAAUUGUCAUGUUACAGUAGUCAAAAUUCCUUGAAAAAUUUCUUCUCCUUUUUCCCCUCUGAGCUACCAGAAGAAAAGUCGUAUCUGAUAACUAUCACAAACAUCAAAUGUCAUUUUCAUCACCUGUCAGAUGCAUUGAAUAUCAUGCUUGUCAGCUGUCACAUAAAGAAAUAGGAUGAAGUCUUAUUUGAUAGUUGACAUUUCCGUUUGCUGCAUGACAUUUCCGUACAAAGUGCUUUCCUGCAAUAGCGCCUCUUAAUAACAUGGAUACCGAUUAUUAUAACUAUGACGUUUAUCUUAAGUAAAAAUGACCAAACUAAAUUCCACUAAAUUUAACACUUCUUGAUCUCUUUCUGCACUGCUUUCAAGCACUACUAACUAGUUAUGCACUAUUGCCAAUAAAGAACUCGUUGAAAAGGCCGUACUCUCCCAAUUCUCUUCUAUCUGUUAAAGUUUGCUAACUUCAGGCGUGUUAGCCAGCGCCAUCUAUUUAUUUCAAAGACAAACUCUAACGCAAGUUUCUUUAGGCAUUAUAAUGGACCGUUAGAAAAUGUAAUUAGAUUUCGAACAGUCAGUUGUGCACUUAAAUAAUUAAUAUUGUAAAUCGUUGUUUUCUGUUUAAUAUACAACUGUCAUUUGUCAACGUGAUGCAUGGGGUGCCCUCUAUGACAUUAAAAUAGUUUAUUUUCAUGAUGUAGAUGGCGCCACAAUAAACCUUUUAUGGUAUUUAGGCCUGUCGGGAUUCAAAAGACAGGGAUCCUAUUGUGUUUUCUUUUUAUUCCUCUUUUUUGAUACAUGAAUACAAUCAUUUCAAAGCAAACUUAUUUAUAUAAUAUUAAAUAUAAAUAACAUUAAUAUUUAUAAACGAUUAAUUAUUAUAAUAAGAAGACUUUCUGUAUAACCCUAACCUUCUGAUGUGAUCUAAUGUAUAUUUGAAAGUAAUUUGAUUAAAAAUUAUAUUAACCCAGUAAAA